AUGACGAGUGAAGAAGACAUGAGAAGAAAAGAUCAGACGACCAGCCCAAAUCGGCGUGUUUCUACACUUCGACUUCCAUGGAGCCGCAGUGAGGGCUCGUGGUCCCGCUUCUCUCUGCUGACACUCACGAGCCGAGGUUCAUGGGACCGCGGGCACUCCGCGCCUCCGGCUGGGAUCGGCCCUGGGGAGCAGCCGGCACCGGCGGCCAGGGCUCCCGGGAGGCGCCCGGCCCCGCCGCGUCCCUCCGGGCCCAGGCCGGCCUGGCGAGCACCGCUCGCGGGGCCACCGGUGGGGCCUGGGGCCGCCCGGGCAGCUGGCGACGCCUGUUCCCCCGAGCCGCCCCCGGGAGUCCCGGUGGGCGCGGCGGGGCGAAGCGGGCGGGCACCGCAGCGGGAGCGGAGCCCAGCGGAGCGGAGGAGGCCCGGCCGGGUCACGCCCGCCCCCGGCCGCGCCACCGCCCCUUCCUGUCAUGGCCGCGGCCGGGCAGUGGCAGCUCGGCGGGGCGGUGCGGGCCGGCGCCUUCGGCUGCUGAGCGCCCCGCGGGCGGCGCGGAGCGGGGACGGCCCCAGCCCGGAGCCGGCGGCAGGAGUGUGCACCCCGGGAACGAGCCAUCCCCGCGGCAAGAACUAUUGCGGAGAGGGCGGUCCGGGCUGGUGCCGGCGUGCACCUUUCCGAGUUGCAGGAACCACGACAGACAUUUGUCCCGCAGUGAGGGUGUGCACGGUGGCACUGCCCGGGAGGUUAAAUUCACUCCCUGCCCAAGAUACCUGCGAAGUACCUGCUGUCCACCACUUUCUUCAUUUAACUUCCCCCUGGGGUCAGCUGGUCUUCAGCAUGCCUUCAACCAAGAACACCUCAAAACUUUUCCUGGUCCUCGUGUCACUGCUGCUGAUGCUGCCAGUAGCUGAAGCCCUCGACGCAGGAGAUACCAUUGCCUUCCUCCUAGGCCUCGCUGUCAGUGUCGUCGGAUUCUGCGCUUGCCUUGGCUUGUAUGCAAGGAGAAGGAAUGGGCAGCAGUGACCUCAAGAAAAUGCUCAGAUGAAGUGAAUUUCCAAACAUGGCUUGGGGUUGGGUGUAAGACUGAGCUUUGGUUCUGGAUAACUUUCAAAAAAUAUGUAGUAGAUAUGUCUGCAAACCCCUCUUACUGUUCAGUACAACAAAGACUCUGCCCAGUAAAAAUUAUUUGAAUGAUCUGUCCUCAUUACAAAAAAGAUAAUUUUAUAUUGUUCAUGAUUAAAUAUUGCCUUAGGUAAAUAUUGCUGGGUAAAAACUUUUUGAAUGGAGAAGUGAAACUAUAGAGUGGCUCAUAGUGAAAGUUUAUAAAUUUAGCAUGUGAGGGAGGCCAUCAACAAGUUCCAUAAUUUUGGUUUCAAUGUUUAAUCAGGAGGAAGCAGCUAUUCAUCUUCCAGUCAAGAUGACAAGACUUUUGAAAUUAGUCUUAACUAGAUAGCUAGUGAGCAGACUGCUCUAAGUUGUGUGCUCAUGCUCACGUUCUCUGUAAUGACAGUUUACACCUAACAGCUCACUGCUGCUGUCACAUGGAUGAGACUUAAGAGAACUAAGGAAACAUGAAAGGUUUUUUUUCUUUUAGAAUAUUUUUAGAGUAUUUUUAUUUUAGAAUAUGCCACUCUGUAGCCCAUGUUCUUACUACCAAGUAGAUACACCUAAGAAUGAGAUCACCAUUUGUAUUUAACAUCUAGUUCAAGUAAAGUACAUGUAAGGCUAUGUAAAUCAGAUUAGGGGUAUGGACUCUGUCUCUUGUUUAUUUUUUGUACUUAUCCUUUUUUCUGGGCACACCAGGUUUAUUUGAUGUUUGUACUUUUUUCUCCAAAACCUAAGUCUUAACUAUUUUGUGUGAGAAAUUCUGUGUAUUUCUGCAUUAGGAGGUUAUUAGAACUAUAAUAAUAUCAUUGUGCACACCUUUCUUUUACAACGUUGGAAGAACUUGUUAAAAUCCUGGGCUUAGUCAAUUAGUCUUUUGUCCUUGAGUGUAUUCCUCGUAACAAACCUAUGUUAAUAACUAAUAGGCUUCUCUAACUGAUGCAUAUGACUUCCAUAGAAGGUUUGGACCAAAACCAAAGUAAAAAAUCCUAGUGCAAAAUGGGAGAUGUAAAUAGUCUUAUUCUAUUCAUGCUCAGACAGAUUGUGUGGUCUAUGGCUGAAAGACAGUAGUGUGUCUAGGACCUGUUUCUUUAAGUACCAAAGGUGAAAUGGCUCAGCCAAGAGUGUCUGCCACAAGCCUCUCUGACUUGUUAGAGUGUUCUAGGUUGAACAAAGGAGCACAAUCUGUAACAGCAGCAGAAUAAGGAGCAUAUGAAGAUGAGCUCUCCACAGUUCACAGAAUUUCCUUCUGAUCUUGUGCUGUGGACACUGCCACUCUUUGCUAGAAAUCUUGGCUUUUAUCUUUUGGAGUUAUGUAUUUUGAUACUAUUCUUCCACUUCCUCUGUCUCUCUGUUCAGCAGAGCACAAAGCAAUGACUAUGGGCAGGUCUUACAUAAAUAAUUGGGUGGGAAGAUCAUGUUCUCCAAAUCCUGAUUUCUGCGUGCCAUUUUUGCUAGAAAGGGACCCAAUGCACAAUUACUAUGUACAAAUGAAAUUUACAGCCCUAAGAGGAGCUUCAGACAGAAGUAUCACCUUUGAAAGCUGCCUAGCAGCAUAUGAUCCUGCACAUGAUGAUUCAACUGGGUGGGUGCAAGCACAGAUCAAAGUGUGAUCUUUGACGUUCCAGCCUACCUAAACAAAAAAAAAAGCAAAAAACAAACAAAACAAAAAUACCCAAUAAACCCCCUCAUAAAAGUGCCACGCAAUUCACUUUAUACUUCCCAAAGUUAAAAACUUUUGCCAUUUUUUCAGUAAAAUAUUAAGUAUUGCUCUUUCAAUAGAAUACAUUUUAACACAAGCAGAUUUUCACAGACUCCUUUACCUACACUGAAAAAGAUCCCUGGCAAUAGUUUCACAGAAUUGGGCAACAGUUUCACUGCAGGAGAACAAAAGUUUAACAAAGUUAAUUAUCUUCAGGCAGUAGGGAUAUGAGAAAUUGUGUUACUUGCCCAAAGCUGUAUGUACUUCAUUGAAAGGUGUUUGCACAGCAUAAUGGCUUUGUUUCCUAGGUUUUGAUGAAGCUUUAUUGUUAAAGACUUGUAUUUGUCAAUUACUUGAGUGUAAAAUCAGAUACCCCUGUUUUUCCUCUUAAUAAACUUUGACGUAUGAUUUGUCAUCAGCUUGAUAAAGUAAUUCUUCUGAAAAGGAAAAUUGAGAUGACAGAAAUGACUGAAACUGUUGAAAUUCCUUCUGUUGGCUAUUAUUUUCUUAACUACUUUUGCUUAUGUUAAAUAGCUUUAUGAACUAAUGUAUCAUAUGGUAUGAUUUCAGUUAACAUUUGUGCAGUGAUUGUACUUCUCUUAGUCCUAAUACCUGUUUAUCCCAUUUCAGUAACUGUUACUUUAAAGCACUUCAGGGAGCUGGUCCCCUUACUUUGGCACAGUCAGCUUGUAGUUGCAAAGAUUCCUGUUUGCCUGGUACAAGGAAAACUUGAAGUAUUUAUUUUUCCUUUUGACUGAAUUUUCAACAUCUCUUAUGUAGUUGCCCUUAUACCAGAAAAGCUAUUUAUAUCAGUUUUCUAGCUGGAGACACAAGACCAUUUUCUAUUGCUUUUUUUGUUGUGGGUUGUUUGUUGCUUUGUUUGUUUGUUUUGGGGGGGAAUUUAAUGAAAUAUUAUGUUCUA